AUGAGCUCGUCUUAUAAUAAUACUGAGUCGUUUCACACCGCAGAGUCCACGAGCGAGCACGACGGCUCGUCUCAGGCGGAGAAACUGCCUGGAGAUAACACCAUGUCCCAGGACUCGGAGGUCAAAUCCAGUGCCUCGACGUUAGAACAUGACCCACUCAGCCAUGAUGCGUACGCUACCCAGCCUACCAAAUAUGAACCUCAAGCACUCAACGAGGACAAUCUUCCUCCUGACUUAGAACCUAAUUCUCGUAGAGAGUCUAUUACUGAGGUUUCCAGGGAGUUGUCUAGAGUGCUGACGAAUGCCAAGUCUAUUGAGGACAGGAUAAGGAAACAGGAAGAGGCAGGUGUGCCUAUUCCUCCGAUGGGUGGGGGCAAGGAUUAUCCACCUAUGCUGCCUGACAAGGAGCCUUAUGUGGUCGCUUUCGACGGUGAAAACGAUCCUUUUCAUCCACAUAAUUGGCCAUUAAAGACGAAAGUCAUCCAGUGCGCAAUCAUUGCCGCAGAUACAUUCUGUAUUGCGUUUGGCUCAGCCAUUUUCUCUGAAGGAGUUCCUCAAAUCGCUGCACGAUAUCACGUGGCCCAUGUCGUCGCCACGCUGGGAAUCACCCUGUAUGUUCUUGGUUUUGCAACAGGACCUGUGAUCUGGGCUCCUCUGUCCGAAUUGUACGGUAGAAGGCCUGUGAUGCUUCUUUCCUCGGUUGCCUUUGCUUCCUUCAAUUUCGCAGUCGCAUGUUCCGAUAGACUAGAGUCGAUUUUGAUCUGCAGGUUCUUCGCUGGCUGUUUGGGAGCAGCACCAAUGGUGGUUGCUCCGGCUGGUUUCGCAGACAUGUUUGGCAACCGAACGAGAGGUACAGUGAUGGUGGUGUAUUCGAUGGCUGUGUUCGUUGGUCCAUUACUGGCUCCGUUCAUUGGAGGUUUCACUGUGGCUAACAAAAGUCUUGGCUGGAGAUGGACCGCAUUCAUCACAGGUAUCCUUGCAUCAGCGAACGUGGUUCUGGUCGUCCUGUUCCAGAAAGAAACACAUCAUCCGAUUUUGUUGGUCCAAAAAGCCAGAGAAAUCAAAAGACGUACUAAUAACUGGGGUAUUCAUGCUCCCCACGACGAGUUCCAGCUCAGUGUCAGAGAAAUCGUUGAGAAUAAUCUUUCCAGACCGCUCAUGAUGCUUUUCACGGAGCCAAUCAUUUUAUUCAUCAGUCUGUACAAUGCGUUCAUCUACGGCAUGUUGUACCUGUUUUUGACUGCAUACCCAUUUGUCUUCCAGGAAGGAUAUAAAAUGGCUCCAGGUGUCGCCGAAUUGCCAUAUUUUGGAAUGGUGAUUGGCGAGAUCUUCGGAGGUUGUUUCUGUAUCUACCGUGAGAAAGGUUACGUUCGUGCUUUGGAAGCAAAUAACGGAAAAAUCAUCCCAGAAACUAGACUCCCAACCAUCAUCUGGGGUGGUGUGGCCUUUCCUAUUGGUAUUCUGUGGUUUACCUGGACAGGUAACUACCACAACGAUAUCCAUUGGAUGGUGCCAACCGUUUCUGGUCUCUUCACCGGUUUCGGUCUGAUGGGAAUCUUCGUCCCAAGUAUGAACUAUAUCAUCGAUAGCUACCUGGUUUUUGCCGCCUCUGCCAUGGCUGCUAACACAUUCCUGAGAUCCUCGUUUGGUGCCGUCUUCCCGCUAUUUGCUUCCUUCAUGUUCCAGAACAUGCACACCAAUUGGGCAGGUCUUCUUCUUGGGCUGUUCUCCAUACUUCUGAUUGCCUGCCCAAUUCUUUUCGUCAUAUACGGAAAGAGGCUCAGACAGAGGUCCAAGUAUGCAUUUGAUCUCUAA